AUGUCACACCGCCACGAUGCUGUGCAUCUUAUGGAACACCGAAAGAUGGUUUUGUACGGUGUUUGUAUCGUGAAGAAAAAGUCUCAGUAUUCAAUGCGAUUAAAGGAAAGGCAGCUUCAUUCAUGUCGCCCUGGUCAGGGACGCCAAUCUGGGGUCUUGGAGUUAUUGAUUGGCUCGGUGUUUGCGGGUUACUUUCACAGCAUUAGUGUCAAAGGAAGACUGCACCUCUGUCGGAAUGCAGUUUAUUCGCUGCCUCCCUCACUGCCCGCCGCAGCAGACGACGAGGUGAAGGGUCGAUGGAGUGUUUCUUGGAACUUUGUGCACCAAUUUAUUUAUUCUUUUGAGAAUGUGGCUCUAGCCCUUGCUACCAAGGUAUCUGUUAUUAUCGUUUCUACCGUUGUCGUCUGGCGCCAGUGGUCUGUCUCCCUCAGUUCUCUCCGUAAAUCCGUCUACCUCUUAAUGUGGCUUCUUUCCCCCUGGAAGGUGCCGAGCAUCUCAUACCGGUCACUAUCAAUUCAUAAACGCCGAUAUUGGAACUCGCUUCUCACUUAUAAUCACCCGGCAAAACCCACAGACUUUGCAGGUCUUUUUCGCCCAUCAAGCUCUCAUAAGCCCAUCUCAGAGAUUCAGGAUACCGUCGCUAUCCAUACCAUCUGGGAUCUGGAAUGGGAUAACGGCUACCGUCACCGGCGCUGCGAACAUCAGCCAAAGCUCGAGACGCGCUAUUCAGGAUUCUAUUAUGAUGAUGAUUAUUUGCUGCCGGCGUUAUCUUCUCGCACCGAGCUAGCUCCUCACGGGCACCCUGGACACAAUUCGGCUUUGAGUACUGUCAUUUUUUCGUCGGGGAUGUCGCAGUCAAUCAAGACGGCAGGAAAUUUUCCAAGUGUUUCACACGUGUUUGUUUUCAUGCUCAAUUUCGGGCAUCAUACUUCUCUCUCUACGUUCUUUACUGCAUGCGAAGAUUUUCCCGUUAACCACUGCAUCCGUCGCUCGAAUUUCAAACGGAUGCGCGUGUAUCAUUCUAGAUUUAAUCAGAUCGCAGUCAAAUAUGCCCACGUCGACUUCAACCUAAUACACCACCCGCUCACGAUUCUGGAUUCCUAUUCCACUCUAUCGUCCUCCAUCAGAUCCACACGGAGGCACAACAUGGUACAGGACGCCACACUGAGAAGAUCAGCGAAUAGAAUGACGAGCCUUAGAGCUUCGUAUAUGAUUGGACCUGCUGAGCGGUCGAGGGACACCGGUGUCUUUAUUUCGGUUUACAGCACGGAUACGGGUGGGGUGCUUUUCGAGUACGGAAAUCAACGAUCACAUUCCUCGGCGACCCUUCCAAUCCCCCCCGCAGGCUGGAGUUUUUUCGGCUGCACCAGCAAGGAUCGGCGUUGGGGAAUGAUGCGCCAUUGUAUCACCGCGUGUACGCCGAUUCAUAACACCGCAGACAAUGUUCGGCCGCGUAAGCUCUUUACCGAUAGCUAUGGACGUCAGCCAUUCAUUAGAGAAAUACGAAAACGGAACGAAGAGAUUGGCCGUCCCUGUACGCGCUUAUCUUAUCUGUACAGGGUUGGCGCUAUCGUAACCCAAUUUCCAAGAUUCGUUAUCCCGCAUUGGAUGAAGAGCUAUUUAUUUCUACAAGACAAGUGCUCUGCGGGCCUAGUACGACCACUCGUGCUGACUUCGAAGUCGCAUAACGUCCUAGUCGGGUGA